AUGUCUUUUCUCGCCCGUAAUGCUUUCCGCGCCGUUUUGCGCCCCCGCUACCGUGGAUACUCCACUGCUAUCGAGGAGUAUACCUCUGAGCUUGCUCCUAAUGGCAAGAGCCCUUUUCUUGCCGAGUUGCAGGCCGUUGAGCACCACGGUGCUGAAACCGGUGAGCUCUGGAGGAAGAUCAGCUACUAUGUCUGUCUCCCUGCCAUCGCUGUAUGCAGUGCUUGGGUAUACAAGCUUGAGGUUGCUCACGAGGAGCACUUGGAGCACCUUAGGCACGAGAAUGACGGCAAGCUGCCUCAGCCCCCUGCCUAUGAGUACUUGAACCGCCGCGUUAGGCCUUAUCCCUGGGGACCCAACACUCUGUUCUUCAACGCUUCAGUCAACAAAGACAUGUCCGAAGAGUAG